CAUAGUAAAGUUGCUUUAGAGAUUUCAUGUUAUAAAAAAAAAUCUGUUUAUGCAAAGUUUCCACUAAAUCAUUAAAUAUUUUUUGUUUGACAGAUAAAAUGAGAUGUUGUGUAACUCCUGUUUUGGAAGAAAUUUACUCAGCUUAUCACCAUGCAUCAACGAAAAAGUCUGCAUUUGUUGUCCUUGAGAAGGAUAUUAAUCCCUACCUACUCACUAAGACAGAGGACCUCAAAUGUCAUUUCACAACAUCUGGAGCUGGGGCUGGAAGAAAUCCCUUGGGCCCUCCAAGCUUACUGCCCAGACAAGAAAAGCCACAGCCCUUUGUGGGUGGCUGUACAAGCCAACACUGUCCUUCACUCUGUCCCUUAUUGUGAAUCAGCAAGGAAAGAGAUCCACAUAUCUGCUCUAUGGCACUGCCUUGAUUUCAGUUUUUGGCCCCUGCACCUGAACCUGAGACUUUAUCUCUCUGGUUGUCAAGCUUCGACUGCCACAGCCACGCACUUCACUCUAAGCAAACAGGACUUCAACAACAUUAGUUACCUGGCAAAUAGGCAUGUGCUAAAAUUGAAAGUGGGAACUCAAAGGAAGGAUCUCAGCCUUUUAGGUGUACCCAUUGCUUAUGAUAACAUCAAAGUAGUGGGUGAAUUAGGAGAUAUUUAUGACGAUCAAGGACACAUUCAUCUUAACAUUGAAGCAGAUUUUGUUAUUUUCUGCCCUGAACCAGGACAAAAACUUGUGGGUACAAUUAAUAAAGUGUCUUCCAGCCACAUUGGCUGUUUAGUACAUGGGUGCUUCAAUGCCUCCAUCCCUAAACCUGAGCAGAUGCCAGCCGAGCAGUGGCAGACUCUGGAGAUAAAUGUGGGUGAUGAACUAGAAUUUGAAGUAUUUCGUUUAGACUCAGAUGCUGCUGGAGUAUUCUGCAUUCGGGGAAAACUAAAUAGCACUAGUUUACAAACCAAGUGCUCCACAGUUUCUGAAGAAGUAACAGAAACUGGCAUUGAAGAAGCUGUCGAAAAACCUCCAAAGAAGAAGAAGAAAAAGAAGAGAGACCCAGAGCCAUAUGAAGUGGAAGGUGGUACCACAGAGCUCGCAGAUGUUACCAUGAAGGAAGAGACAGACCUGCAGAUUAAUAACAGUGUGAAUGGCCUCUGGGAGGAAGAGCCAAAGAAAAAGAAGAAGAAGAAAAAGCACCAGGAAGAUCAGGACCAGGACCCUGUUUUCCAAGGCAGUGACUCCAGUGGUUACCAAAGUGACCAUAAAAAGAAAAAAAAGAAAAGAAAGCACAGUGAGGAGACUGAAUUUACACUGCUUUUGGAACAUGCACCUAAAAAGAAAAGAGAAAAGUAAUUUUCUUUCGUGCAUUUUAAAUAUGAUUAGGGUUUUUAAAAAUUGAUUUACACACAAUAGAUGACUAAAGUUUGAAUUAUUAAAUGCUUUGUAUUCCAGUAGUUUGCAAAACAGGGAACAUUUGGUUAGGAGUUGAGUUUUGGGUACUAAAAUUAUAAAACUGAUAAUUUGGGAAAUACCAGUAUUAUUAAAGUGCCAUUUUUAUACAGAA